UCAGUGAUGGCGCUGCUCACGGUCAAUGUGGAAGAUGUGAGAGGAGCUUUGAGUAAUCAUCUGUCAAAGUUGGGAUUUGAAGUUUAUCCGCUGAAGGUAACGUUAGGCCGCUGUUCCAUCUGAACUGUUUGUUAAAAGGGUUUGAGUCGAAAACUUUAAACGUGGCCUUUUUGCAACAGUGUCAGACUGUCAGUGAAGGUGUCAUCAAUUGCAAAACUAGGCAAGUUGACAAGCUCCAAUUCAAAGUACAUACAAGCUUUCUCAGCCAUGCCUUGUGUUGGGAUUUGUUUUCUAAUAAUUGGAUUGAAGUGAUGAAUAGCUUAGAAGGAAUGCAUUAAUGAGGAGCAUAGGUUUGUACUAUACUGAUAUAAAUUGUUUCACAUAACAGGCUGUGAUUCAUUUGUGGAACGUUAGGGGAAGGACAGAUAAGACUUGUAUUUCUUACAGAUACGAACACUGCCUCUUUGUUGUCUGUGAACCGUUGUCUGUGAACCGUCCUUGGAUGUAGGAACGUACAGUCUUUUGGGUGCUGACUCUACAGGUUGUUAUGAUAAACUUAUGCCUGGGAAUGGUGGAGCGCCAAGGGGUGGGACUAACCCGUGCACCAACGGAUUGGCUGAGUAAGUCUAAACCACGCUCAGUCUCUACUCUGAUUGGCCAGCAGGGAGCGGGAACUAUCUCUGUCAGAGUAUUUGAAGAAGAACUUAGAACAAUGGAUCAGUUCUCUGAGUGCCCUGCGUGGUAUUUCAGCGGACCCGUAUAUACGAACCUUCAUACUUAUCAUACAUACAUUUUGCAUAUAAUAAAUUAAGCUUGGAUUGAAGAUCUCUUGAUUCUUAUUCCAAUACCAGAUUUGAAUUACGCAAUUUCUAACAAUUGUUAAUAUAAAAAUGAUCAAAGCUGACCAUACUAUACUGUAGUCUGCCAACAGGUUUGGAACUUAUGGCACAGGUGACACUAUAUCUGUCCAAUAACGAUAGGGUUGCUGAAACGUGUCCCUUCCUGGCUGUUCCCCCUCAAUCGCUACAAAAGUAACCCACCUUUUUAUUCUGUGUUGUGCAUGUGUUCCCAGAUUGGCUGGUACAAUGCUGUCCUGUCCCCCCCUCUCCACCUGUCCUACCCUGAUGACACCCUGGGAGCAGUGGUGCUCAGCACACCAUCCAUGUUUGAACAGGCCUUCCUACCCUUCAUGGAGAGCAGCGGCUGGAAGGGGGUGUCUACAGACCCCAUAGACCAGUGUAUGAAAUACUGCAUCAACAACACAGUCUCUGAGGUACUGUGUGUGUGUGUGUGUGUGUGUGUGUGUGUGUGUGUGUGUGUGUGUGUGUGUGUGUGUGUGUGUGUGUGUGUGUGUGUAUGUGCUUGACCAGUGCAUCACUCACUGCAUCAACAGCUGGGGUGUAUUCAUUACACCGAUUCUGUUGCAAAACAUUUAGACUGUUGAAAGACUUUUUGCAACAGAAACCGUUUACUCCAAACGGAAACCGUUUUGCAACAAAAACAAGAGUUCAGGUAGGUUCCGUUUACUCUGUUUGCUUCCGUUUGGUUCUUAUUAAACUGAUUUUGUUACAAAACUAAAUUAAUACACACAUCCCUGGGCCACACUUCACAUAAUUCUCUCUCUCCCCCCUCCUGUAGUGUUUUCCAGGUGUGAAGGUAGAUGUGAGUUAUGACUAUGAGAUGCUGCCCAGCAGGAAGCCCAAGUUCCUGGCCCAGAGCGCCGCCCAUGUGGCUGGAGCAGUGUACUACUACCAACGCUCCGAUGUACCUGACCACCCCUGGGGGGACAAGGUGAGUGACAGGACCAAAGGGGUUUUUCAAUAAUUAAUUUCCUAAUAAAUGGAUAAAUAGGGUGCUGUGUGUUCUUUGGUUCAUAGAUGGACUGUCAUUUGUAUUACUUAUAAAACUGUUACUACAACCCCUUUGUCUUCCUCUCCCCCCUCCCUACCACUUGUCACCUCUACAGAAGAUGUUUGGUGUGUGUAUACACCCGCGGCUGGGGGGUUGGUUUGCUAUCAGAGCUCUGUUAGUGUUUGUUGGGUCUGAGGUGGGUUCUGAGCUGCAGCAGACAGCUCCUCCAGACUGUGUUCCUACCAGGGAGGAUAGGAUACAGCUACUGGAGGACUUCAACCUCCGAUGGCAGGUAGGACUCACACUAUAUACUAUAGUAAUAACUAUUGAUCAAUAAUAUGGUUGGCAGAUAGCCCUGCUACAAUAUACUGGAUUAAUAAGUAUAGAUCAACAAUAUGGAUAGCAUGGCAGGUAGGUCUGCAACUAUAUACUGUUGCAGUAUCUAUAUCAAUAAUGGGUGCAAAUGAUGCAUAUAUUAAUACAUAUAGUUAUGUAUGAUGAAUUUAAACAGGAUAAACACAAAGUUUAUAUCUUCUCUAAUCUGUGUUGACAGGACUGGAGUUACAGAGAUAUCGUCCCCCCAGUCCAAACCUACUCCCAGAAACAGAGAGAAUACUUCUCCACCCCCCCAGCCCAGCGCCAAGACCUGCUCACAGACUGGGGCUAUCUGACAGGGGGAGAAGAGGACAGCUCACAGGAGAACUGACACAGAUGAUAACCGUGAGAGGAGACGCUACAGUUAGACUUUGCUGGCUCUGAGGUAACUGACUCUAAGGGAACUUCUGGUACGGUUUGAGGCCAUUUUGGACAUGCAAUCCCUACAUGCUCAUUGGUACUGUGGUGUUUCUGUAUUCACAGACAGUGUUCCACUGUGAGAGCUACUGUACUUUAUCUGCCUUUGCCUAUUGGCCUAUGAAGCUGCUGUAAUGUUUAGAGUUAGAUGAUAGAGUGAAGAGAGAUGUCUUUCAUGGAAAAGCAACAAUAGUACGUUUAAAUGUGGUAAAGGAAUUAAUAAAUGCACAAACAUUUGAGCAUUGUGCCAGUAACCGAAA